AUGCUGGUGAUUGACUCCCGAGUGAUUAUUGAAUAUUUGGAUGAAACGUUUCCGGAAACAAGUAUUUUGUCCAAAGACUCGUAUCUGAGAGCAAAGCAACGAUAUUAUGCACUGAAACUAGAACCGAUCUGUGAAACAAUAAAACAAAUGACAUACUCGACAAAACUAACCGGUAAUAUUACCGUCCUUGCAUUGGAACUUGCCACGGCUGAGCAAUUGUUACAAUCUCCUUUCUAUUCAGGUGAGGUACCCAGUUUACCGGACAUCAUCUUAUUCCCGUUUAUUCACCGAUUGCAUAUCAUUCGACAAUUUAUCAGAGACAACUUCCUCGAUCACUACUUCCCGAAUAACUAUCCAAAACUUGUAAAAUGGUUCAUCGCAAUGCGUAAUAUGCCAGAGAUUCGAGCAGUUCAAGAACCAGAACACCACUUAAGGGCUUACCUCAUCAGCAAAACUACUGAUUUCAACACCAAGGUCGGAUCUGACCUCAAUAGCCUAACACCAGUUAGCUGGAAACUUCUCAACGACUCAGUCGUUCAAUCUUUGUACUUUCGGUUUCGCUUAACAAUACGAACUGUUUUACCGGGUGCUUCAGCGGAUUCCUCAAACGCUUUCCGUGGUUUCCUUUAUGAGGGCAACCACAUGGGCCUGAGAAGAUUCACCUUAGUAGAAGUCAUUUCAUUGCUGCAUGAGACGCCGAUGGAGUGUAUACAUAUUAAUUAUGUCUUUAGUGGUUUAUUACAGGUGUGCAGGAUCAGCAAUAGUUCGAUGCUGCCUGCAAGUCGAGGUCUAUGCCGAUUAGUUGCUCAAUGCUUAACUCAACAUCAUGCUUCUGUUCAGUGUGCUGCGAUCAUCAAUUGCUGCUUCACAAAUGGGCAACGGAAUGUUCUGGUGAAGCAAACAUUUGGAAUUCAUACAAGCAGUAUUAGGUACAAACGUGAUUAUUAUGAGAUUUUGGGUUUGAAGAAGGGAGCAUCAGCAAAGGAUAUUAAAAAAGCAUACUAUAAGUUGGCAAAACAGUACCAUCCGGAUGUGAAUAAAAGCAAAGAUGCCAAUGCUCGAUUUCAGGAAGUGUCUGAGGCUUAUGAGGUGCUUAGUGAUGAUCAGAAACGUGCUCAGUACGACCAGUUUGGCACAGAUCCAUUCCAGCAACGUCAUACUGCUGGAUCAGCAAGUUACGACACGGGUGGCUGGCAGUACCAGUCAACAAUUGAUCCAGAAGAGUUGUUUAGGAAGAUGUUUGGAGGACGUAGUCCAUUUUCCAACUUCACAAGUAAUUUUGGCGAUUUUGCGGAAUCAGCAGAUGGUUUUGAAUCAUCAGAACAGCAUAUUAUGAAUAUAUCAUUCGAAGAUGCAGCUCGUGGAGCUGAAAAGUCUAUGAAUAUAAAUGUUGUGGACGACUGCCCAGCAUGCUUCGGAAAAGGAGUUUCCUGUCCAUAUUGUAAUGGGACUGGUUACGUCACGCAACAGAUGGGUGGAUUUUAUAUGCAGUCUACUUGUGGACGUUGUCGAGGAACGGGUUUUUAUAAUAAAAAUCCAUGUUUACGAUGCGAAGGACAUGGUCGAACAGUUCAGCAGCGUACUGUAACCGUUAAUGUACCAGCUGGAAUAAAUGAUGGUGAAACUGUACGAAUGCCAGUAGGAAAGUCAACUAUUUUCAUUACGUUCAAAGUGGCCCCAUCAUCUCGCUUUCGACGUGAUAAGUAUGACAUUCAUUGUGAUGUUGAAAUAUCUAUUGCACAAGCGGUUCUUGGAGGUACCGUCAAGGUGCCGGGGAUAAAAGAAGACACGUACAUACAAAUACCACCAGGAACUGCAUCACAUACGAAAAUGCGUUUGACGGGUAAAGGAAUAAAAAAAUUGAAUUAUGCAGGAUACGGAGACCAGUAUAUAAAUAUCAAGGUGAAAGUACCAAAGCUUUUAACUGACAAACAAAAGGCAUUGAUACAAGCUUGGGCUGAACUGGAAACCGACACUCCAGGUACGAUAAAGGGAAUAAACAGUACUGUGGAAGACAUUGAAAGAAAAAGAGCUGGAAAUAGGGCGACAGUAGUGGAUGAUAGUGAUGGAAGAAAGAGAGGUCAAAAUGGAGAAGAAGAAAGGUCAAAAAAUAGCCGAUGA